AUGAACCAUCCCUUACACAAACACCCGCUUGUCCUCUUCCAUCUCUUAUCUUUCAAGGCUUACCUACUCGAGCCUGAAUAUUUUGGCACUGGUUGUUCACAUGCAAUGGUUGUGGUCGAGAUGGUUGUGGUUUCAUGCAUGUACCAAUGCGGCGAGCAGGGCUGUCUCUUUAAACUAGAUGCAAAGUGCGCUUCGCUUCUUGAUUCUUCAACACAUGAUUGCCAUCCGCAAUAUCACCCUCUCUUCUUCAAUUUCACCAAAGGUGAAUGCACUGGUUUGUACAUGUUUUUAUGA